AUGGUUCUGUUUGUUUGGUCUGGUCUGAUUGUAGAUCUCUUGGCUCGGCUGGAACGCCUGAGAGGAUCAGAGAAGACUGUUGGGGCGAUAGGACAAACACUCUUCAACUGGGUGAGAAACCAUCACCAUGGAAACCGAGGACUGGAAGAGAAGAGAGGGAGAAGUGAAUGCACUUGUAAACCAUGUCUAUCUAUCCCUUCUAAUCAUUCCUCUCCUUCUCUCUCAUCUCUGCAUGCAUCUCGCGCAGACGCUGAUGCGACUACUCCUUCUCGUAUCUAUCUCUCUUUCUCUCUCCCUUUCUAUCUCUCUUCUCUCUCCUAUUCACUCUCUCUAUCCCUCUCCUCUCUCUCCUCUCUUUUCUUCUCUUCCCCUCUUCUCUCUCUCUCCUCUCUCUCUCUCUCUCCUCUUUCAUUCUAGUUCCCCUGUCUAGGGGCGUAUGUGACAUAUUGCUGUAACCAGGUGGAGGCUAAGGUGAGUGUUUCCUCUCAACUUUCUUCCUAGGUAGGGAGUUUCUCCCCAUCGCUGUCAUCAUAUUAGGUUUGCUGUUUAUUGACUGAUUGAUUGCUACAUUGAUUUAUUGAUUGACUGACGGACUGAUUGGCUAAUAGAUUGAUUUGUCUUUUGCUUAAACUAUUGAUUGGUUCAUUGAUUGGUCCAGGCCCUGUUGGACCAGAAGCAGAAGCAGCGUGUUUGAUUGGUUGAUUUGAUUGGUUAAUUUGAUGAGUGGUUAAUUGAUGCACUGAUUGAAGGUUUAUUGAUUGGUCAUUAAGGCCAUGUUGGACAUGAAGAAACAGGAUAAGCGUUUGAUUGACUGAUUGAUUGAUUGAAUGAUUGUUGAUUGGUUAAUUGAUUGUAUUGACUAAGGCCCUGUUGGACAUGAAGAAGCAGCAGAAGCGAGUGGAGCAAUUCCUUCGUCUGUGCCAGGAGUCGUCUUUUAGCAGGAAGUUGGACCUCUGGAACUUCCUGGACCUCCCUCGCAGCCGAUUGGUCAAAUACCCGCUAUUGCUACGGGAGAUUCUGAAGAGCACGCCCCCAGAUCACCCCGACGAAGACACACUGCCUGACGCUGUGAGGACACACACACACACAUUGAUUGGUUGUUUCAUUCAUUAAUUUAUUGGCUGAUUGAUCGGUCCGGUCGCCUGAUUGAUUAGUUGAUUCACAUACACACACACACCUCACUCCCCCCCCAGUUGGAGUUGGUCCAGUCCGUCGUAUCAGAUAUGUUAUCCCCCCCCCCCAGUUGGAGUUGGUCCAGUCCAUCGUAUCAGAGGUGGACAGAAAGACCGGGGAGGCGGAGUGUCAGUUCUAUAGGCGGGGCUUGGCUUACCUGGAGGAGGGCCAACGGCUCCCUGAGAUCCAGCUGUCACGAUUCCUCUACUGCCACGGAGAACUGAAGAACAACAAGGGACAGGUACUGUCUGUCUGUCUGUCUGUCUGUCUGUCUGUCUGUCUGUCUGUCUGUCUGUCUGUCUGUCCCUCGUAAGCUCUACUACACAAGCUUCCAACUUACCUCACUUCAUUAUUGAAGUAUAAAAAGACGAGUUACCCGUUCACAGGGUUGGUUAACUCUUACGGUUCCUCGGGUCUCCACCAAUCACAGGGUUGGUUAACUCUUACGGUUCCUCGGGUCUCCACCAAUCACAGGGUUGGUUAACUCUUACGGUUCCUCGGGUCUCCACCAAUCACAGGGUUGGUUAACUCUUACGGUUCCUCGGGUCUCCACCAAUCACAGGGUUGGUUAACUCUUACGGUUCCUCUGGUCUCCACCAAUCACAGGGUUGGUUAACUCUUACGGUUCCUCGGGUCUCCACCAAUCACAGGGUUGGUUAACUCUUGCGGUUCCUCGGGUCUCCACCGAAUUAGGUAAAUUCGCCUUCAGUUUUAAUGUCCCCCGUUUUUGGAAUAACCUGCAGAACUCCGUCUUGAUUCCCUGGGCAAUAAAGGAGUCUAAUGUUAAAUUCGUUAAAUGAGAUUUGCAUUAUUUUUUUUUGUAACAGGGGAACCCAUUGAGACCAGGGUCUCAUUUUCAAUUUCAAGACAACAAAUUCAACACGAACAUACCAAUACAAAAUGUAUCAAAACUACAGGUUACAAUUUCAAAAACUACUAUUUCAACAUCAGUGGUGAGCAUAUGUGGUAUUGAAAUUGUAGUUUUUGAAAUUGUAACCUGUAGUUUUGAUACAUUUUGUAUUGGUAUGUUCGUGUUGAAUUUGUUGUCUUGAAAUUGAAAAUGAGACCCUGGUCUCAAUGGGUUCCCCUGAUUUAAACAUUUUUUUGUUACAAAAACAAAAACAAAUGUUAGGUGGCUUGGAGCCAGUGUUGUGUUUCUGAGGUAACUACUUUAUACAGUGCCUUCAGAAAGUAUUCAGACCCCUUGACUUUUUCCACAUUUUGUUACGUUACAGCCUUAUUCUAAAAUUGAUUAAAUUAAUUGUUUUCCUCAUCAAUCUAUAAUAUAAUAAUAAUAAUAAUAAUAUGCCAUUUAGCAGACACUUUUAUCCAAAGCGACUUACAGUCAUGUGUGCAUACAUUUUUACGUAUGGGUGGUCCCAGGGAUCGAACCCACUACCCUGGCGUUACAAGCGCCGUGCUCUACAGAGGACCACAAAACCCCAUAAUGACAAAGCGAAAACAGCAAUUUCUAAAAACCAGUUUUGCUUUGUCAUUAUGGUGUAUUGUGUGUGUAUAUACACUACCAGUCAAAAGUUUGGACACACCUACUCAUUCAAGGGUUUUUCUUUAUUUUUACUAUUUUCUACAUUGUAGAAUAAUAGUGAAGACAUCAAAACUAUGAAAUAACACAUAUGGAAUCAUGUAGUAACCAAAAGAGUGUUAAACAAAUCAAAAUAUAUUUUAUAUUUGAGAUUCUUCAAAUAGCCACCCUUUGCCUUGAUGACAGCUUUGCACACUCUUGGCACCUGGAAUGCAUUUCAAUUAACAGGUGUGCCUUCUUUAAAGCCAAUCAGUUGUGUUGUGACAAGGUAGGGGGGGUAUACAGAAGAUAGCCCUAUUUGAUGUCCAUAUUAUGGCAAGAACAGCUCAAAUAAGCAAAGAGAAACGACAGUCCAUCAUUACUUUAAGACAUGAAGGUCAGUCAAUACGGAAAAUGUCAAGAACUUUGAAAGUUUCUUCAAGUGCAGUCGCAAAAACCAUCAAGCGCUAAGAUGAAACUGGCUCUCAUGAGGACCGCCACAGGAAUGGAAGACCCAGAGUUACCUCUGCUGCAGAGGAUAAGUUCAUUAGAGUUACCAGCCUCAGAAAUUGCAGCCCAAAUAAAUGCUUCAGAGUUCAAGUAACAGACACAUCUUAACAUCAACUGUUCAGAGGAGACUGCGUGAAUCAGGCCUUCAUGGUCAAAUUGCUGCAAAGAAACCACUACUAAAGGACACCAAUAAGAAGAAGAGACUUGCUUGGGCCAAGAAACACGAGCAAUGGACAUUAGACCCGUGGAAAUUUGUCCAAAUUUGAGAUUUUGGGUUCCAACCACCGUGACUUUGUGAGAACGGGUGAACGGAUGAUCUCCGCAUGUGUGGUUCCCACCGUAAAGCAUUGAGGAGGAGGUGUUAUGGUGUGGAGGUGCUUUGCUGGUGACACUCUGUGAUUUAUUUAGAAUUCAAGGCACACUUAACCAGCAUGGCUACCACAGCAUUCUGCAGCGAUACGCCAUCCCAUCUGGUUUGGGCUUAGUGGGACUAUCAUUUGUUUUUCAACAGGACAAUGACCCAACACACCUCCAGGCUGUGUAAAGGCUAUUUUACCAAGAAGGAGAGUGAUGGAGUGCUGCAUCACUUGACCUGGCCUCCACAAUCCCCGACCUCAACCCAAUUGAGGUGAUUUGGGAUGAGUCGGACCGCAGAGUGAAGGAAAAGCAGCCAACAAGUGCUCAGCAUAUGUGGGAACUCCUUCAAGACUGUUGGAAAAGCAUUCCAGGUGAAGCUGGUUGAGAGAAUGCCAAGAGUGUGCAAAGCUGUCAUCAAGGCAAAGGGUGGCUAUUUGAAGAAUCUCAAAUAUAAAAAUAUAUUUUGAUUUGUUUAAUACUUUAUUGGUUACUACAUGAUUCCAUUUGUGUUAUUUCAUAGUUUGGAUGUCUUCAAUAUUAUUCUACAAUGUAGAAAAUAGUAAAAAUAAAGAAAAACCCUUGAAUGAGUAGGUGUGUCCAAACUUUUGACUGGUACUGUAUGUCCUCCUGUAGAAUCUCCAUGUGUUCCUGUUUGAGCUGUGUUGUAUAUCAUUCAUGUAAUAAAGUAUAGUCUCUUCCUGUCUGUAGAAGCUCCAUGUGUUCCUGUUUGAGCUGUGUCUGGUUCUGACGCGCUCGGUGGAGGACAGAGAAGGGGGCGUGGUCUUUCAGGUGUACCGCCAGCCCCUCCCCACCACCACGCUCCACCUAGAAGAGCUACCUGACGGGGAGGGCGGCGGGGGGGGAAAGGGGGGGGCCUUUUUUCAGGGGGGCCCCCCCCAAACCCCGCCCAAAAGGGUAUGGAGGGGAGGGGGGGGGAAAGGGGGGCGGUUUUUAAAAGGGGAAAAAAAAUUAGGGAAGGGUGAUUUUUUAAAUUUUUUUUAAAAAAAUAUUAUUAAUUUAAAUUAAAAAAUUAAAAAACGGGUUUUGGAAACCAGAUGAUGACUCUUUUUCCCAAAAAAAUUGGGGGGCCCUUUCGGGGGGGGGGGGAAGGAAGGGAAACCCGCUCCCCGGGUUGGGGGGGGGGGGGCGCGGGGGGAAAAGGAGCCGGGGCCCAGGAGGCGCUACCUUGAAGGGAAAGGGGGAAAAAAAAAGGGGGAGGGGAAAAAAGGGCGACCAAAGGAGGAGAAAAAAGGGAGAGGAGAGGAAAGGAGAGGCAAGGCGCAAAAGGGGGCGGGAAGGAGGGGGGCCCAAAAAGGGGGCGAAGAGGAAAAAGGGGGGAAAGAGCUGCCCUCGCGCCCCCCCAACCAAGGGGCCCCUCGGGGCCGGGGGCGGAACGGCGCUCGGCGGGAGGGGGCGACCGGGGGCCGGACCGAGGGGCGCGUUUCCGACCGGGGGCCCAAAACCCGGCCCCGACGCGAGGGGGGAGGCCCCGGCCCCAAAAGGAGGGGGCCCGGGGCGGGGGCCGGGGGGGAAAAAGGGGAGAGGAGGGGGGAAAGAGGGGGGGCCCGGGCGCGGGGGGCAAAAAAGGAGGGGGAAAAAAGGAGGGGCAAAAAGGGGGGGCGGGGCGAGGCCCCAAAAAGGGAGGGGGGUGGAGGGGGGAAGGGGGGGAGGGAAAGAAAAAGGGGGGAGGCCCCCAAGGAGAGAGGGGAAGGGGGAGGGAAGGGGGAGGAAAAAAAAGGGAAGAGGGGUGAGAGAGGGGAAAAGGGGAGGGCGCGAGAGGGGGAAGGGGGGAGAAAAAAGGCAAAAGGAGGGUGAACAAAGAGAGGGAAAAGAGGGGGGAAAAAAAGGGGAAAAAUUUUCCCUCUCUCUCUUUUUCCCCAAUUCUUCUCCUUUCUUCUCCCCUUUCUCCCCUUCUUGCUUUGUUAUGUUUUUUUCCCCAAUUUUUCUCUUUUCUUUUCCUCUCUCUCUUUUUUCCCCAUUAUUUUCUUUGUUUUCUGCCCGGGUUCUUUUUUCCCCUUCCCUCCCGUUGGUUGUCAGUGCGAAAAAUGUUUCAGGGGGGUCCAGUGGGGGGGCGUUUAA